GUUGCGAUGACGAAGGGGGCGAUGAUAAUUACAUAAGCAAAACGUAAACGAUUCGCGGGAAAAGGUGAAAAAAUGGCGACUCGCACAGAGUCUGUUUGCGCGUCCAGCUGAAGCUGGAGAAACUUUUAUGUCAGUGAAUAUGGAAAUAUCGCACUGAGAGUGGAGCGACGACAUUUUUCGCCAGAGAUUAUUUUAUCCCCCCUCUGGGAAAGGAGAGGAAACAAAACGGAAAUCUAGACGAGCGUGUUAAGGAUGUUGGAGGAAGCGUGCCGGGAUGAAUACCUGGCUGUAGGUGAGGAGGACCUGGAGGCAAAGCGGCUGCUGCCCAAGCACGACAAAAACUGCGUUGACCUGGAUUGCGAGCUGAUUGUGGGCCAGUAUGUGCUCUGCCGCUGGUCUGAUGGCCUGUAUUACUUGGGCAGGAUCCAAAGGAUUAGCUCCUCAAAGCAUAGCUGCUUCGUCACGUUUGAAGACAACUCCAAGUUCUGGGUGCUUUGGAAAGACAUACAACACGCUGGCAUUCCGGGAGAAGAGCCCAAAUGCUAUGUGUGCUCCGAGAUGACUAUGGUGUCUGAGAAUAAAAUUCUUAUCUGCGGAAAAUGUGGAAUUGGAUACCACCAGCUGUGCCACAUGCCGCAAGUGGAGAGCUCAGCUUACAUCGCGAUUUGGUUCUGCAGAAAGUGCAUUUUUGCCUUAGCAGUCAGAAAAGGGGGCGCACUAAAGAAGGGCCCGUUAGCCAAAUCACUGCAGGCCAUGAAGCAAGUGCUCACUUACAAUACUGAGGAACUAGAGUGGGACUCUCUGCACCGCACCAACCACCAGCAGUGCUACUGCUACUGUGGGGGCCCUGGAGAAUGGUACCUGAAAAUGUUGCAGUGUUUCCGCUGUGAGCAGUGGUUUCAUGAAGCAUGCACACAAUGCCUGCAAGAGUCCAUGAUGUUUGGAGAUAGGUUUUACUUGUUCAUUUGUGCCAUGUGCAAUAAGGGAGUGGAGUACAUCAAACGCCUGGCUCUGCGCUGGGUGGAUGUGGUCCAUCUGGCCCUGUACAACCUGGGAGUACAGAGUAAGAAAAAGUACUUUGAACUGGAGGAGAUCCUCAGCUUCAUCAGCAACAACUGGGAUCAUUUCCAGCUGGGCAAGCUUGCCAACACGCCUCCCUCAGAGAGAGGCCAGCUCAUCCUCGAUGCUCUUAACAACUACAAAAGCAAGUUUCUCUGCGGAAAAGAGAUCAAGAAGAGGAAAUGUAUCUUUCGGCUAAGGACAAGAGUCCCCCCGAACCCCCCAUCCAAGCUCUUUCCUGAAAAGACCCCGAAAAGCGAAGGACACCGAGGCUACAAGAAAGGAGCAAUGCGCAACGGUUGUGCUCCUGCAGAGAAGCAGAGGAAGAAGAGGUCUAAGUGGCUGCUGGAGGAUGCUAUUCCCAACAACGAGAUGACGUCCACCUGGAGCUCCAAUCACCACAUGGCUAACAUCUUUGACUUUACGCUCGACGAACUGCAGAGCUUGAAAAGUACUAGUUCAGGACGGACAUUUAGUCUAGAUCAGGACUCCACAGAUGCAGCGAGCACAUCAGGCUCUGCCACUACCAGCGUGUCCUACGACUUCAGGAAGAACGUGGGCAGUCGGAAGAGGAAGCUUCCUUCAUGUAACUACAGCGCUCUGGCCAGUAAGCGGGAGGCGAUCGAGAGCGAGCUGAGUCCGGCAGGUACGCCAGUCGCCGAGUCCGGGGACGUAAUUGGCAGUGCCAUCGACAGCCACACCUUUGAAAGCCUGAGCGAAGAUGACACGUCCCUCUCACACCUCAAGUCGUCUAUUACCAGUUACUUCGGCGCAGCGGGGCGGCUCAGAUGUGGUGAAAAGUACCAGGUUCUUGCACGCAGGGUCACGCCAGAGGGCAAGGUGCAGUACCUGGUGGAAUGGGAAGGCACCACGCCUUACUAAGUGCCACUUACCUGAGGGCAGAAGAAUGGAGAGAAGGUUCACGAUGGGGUUCUUCACUUCCAGGCCUGGGGAGUCACAGUGGUGUACAGUCCAGGAUUCAGAAAAAUUGAUCAGAUGAAUUGGACACAGAUGUCAAACUGUCUGACAUCAUGUCAUUGAGAUGAUAGUUAAAGUGAUGUCAUGGAAGUCUCUUCUGGAAUUCUGUGGACUGUCAGGUUUGGGAUUGAAGAACACUCGAGCAAACGGUCAUAGAAAGUCACAAUACUUAAAGUAAUUAUAUAUAUAUAUACACACACAUAGAUACACACACACACACACACACACACACACACACACACACACACACACAUAUAU